AUGAAGACCCUCCUGCUGCUGGCAGUGAUCAUGGCCAUCGGCCUGCUGCAGGUCCAUGGACGUUUGGCAGAUUUCCAGAAAAUGAUCAAGUUCACGACAGGAAAGGACCCUCUGACCACUUACGGCUUCUAUGGUUGCCACUGUGGUGCGGGUAACAGAGGAACCCCCAAGGACGCAACAGAUUGGUGCUGCAGGGCACGUGACUGCUGCUACGAAAACCUAAGAAAACGCGGAUGUCGCACCAGCUUCCAGAGCUACAACUUUAUUUUCCAAUGGGGCCAAAUCGUUUGUGGCGAUCAGGACUACUGUAAGCGCCAUCUGUGUCAAUGUGAUAAAAGAGCUGCCGAUUGUUUCGAUAGAAACCGGAGGACCUACAAUAAAAAACUCCAAUACUACAGCAACCUUCUGUGCUUUGGGAGUGCCCCCAAGUGCUGA